GCACGAUGCUGUCGUCAUCGGUACACACAGGAAGUAAUGGUCGGUUGUCUGCUAAACGCAAACGGAGGAGAAGGAGCGGAGGGAGAAAGCGACACCGUAAUAAUGACAUGUGAGCUCCAGCCAUCAGCAGACUGCGAGCUGAACAUCUAACAUCUCCGGUCAGUCCAGACCUCCGUCCUCCAUGCCUGCUCCCCCAGGCUUCACGCGACUGGAGCAGAAUGAGCCUAUGAACUCCCUGCGUAUCUCUGUAGGAGGCCUCCCCAUGCUGGCUUCCAUGGCCAACGGCACUGACCCUCGUUUCCGCCUUAAGUGGAGGCCAAUCGUGGCCGUGGCCGGCUCCCUUACCUUGCUCCUGCUGCUCUUCAUGCACUUGAGCUCAGGCUUUCGUUCCCACUCCUCCAACUCACACGGCUGGAAGGCCAGUCACAGUGACACAAGCCAGUCCGAUUCCCAUUACAACGACACCUACCCUCUCAGUACGCCUGAGCGCACGCCACAGGGCACCCGCUACCGCAUUGGAGUCAUUGCCGACCUGGACACAAGCUCUCUUAGUGACAAGAAGCUGACGUGGUUCAGCUACAUGCGGCGAGGGUACCUGAUGGUGUCCCAGAGUGGUGACAAGGUGGCGGUUGAAUGGGACACGGACAGAGUGCUGCUGGAAAGCCACUUGUCGGAGAAAGGCAGGGGUAUGGAGCUAUCUGAGCUGGUAGUGUUCAACGGGAAACUCUACAGCGUUGAUGACAGAACGGGUGUAGUCUAUAACAUUGAUGGCAAUAAAGCUGUACCCUGGGUCAUCUUACCUGACGGUGAUGGCAGCGUUGCCAAAGGGUUCAAAGCUGAGUGGCUGGCAGUGAAGGACGAGCACCUAUACGUCGGCGGUCUGGGGAAGGAGUGGACCACCACUGAAGGCGAGUUCGUCAACAACAACCCAGAGUGGGUGAAAGUAGUUGGCUUCAGAGGGGAUGUACAACAUGAGAACUGGGUCCCCAGGUACAAUUCGCUGAAGUCUGCUGCAGGGAUAGAGCCUCCAGGUUAUCUGAUCCACGAGUCAGCGGCGUGGAGCGACACCCUGCAGCGCUGGUUUUUCCUCCCCCGCCGCGCCAGCAAGGAGCGCUAUGAGGAGACGGCGGACGAGCGCCGCGGCACGAACCUCGCCCUUAGCUGCUCGCCAGAUUUCAAAAACAUCAUUGUAAGUCGAGUGGGUCCGCUUAACCCCACUCACGGUUUCUCUUCCUUCAAGUUUGUCCCCAACACGGACGACCAGAUCAUUCUGGCUCUCAAGUCAGAGGAGGACGCAGGAAAGAUCGCGACAUACAUCAUGGCCUUCACACUUGACGGACGCAUCCUCUUACCUGAAACUAAGAUUGGGGAUGUAAAAUAUGAGGGCUUGGAGUUCAUAUAGAGGGCACAGAGACUGCAGGACUUGCUCUUGAGGCCACUGCACCGUGGUUCUAUUUUGUUUACAAACCAGUCACUGUUGAAGUUAAUGUACUUGCUGCUUUCUCAUAGGGUUUGUAAAAGACACAACUCCAGCUCAUAAAGGAUCAUCUUCAGUACAAGCAGAAGAACGACUGACUGAGACUGAAAUGUUGUCCAGUUUUGGGUUUUGAGAAACUGUUGGUCAGACUGAAGAAUGCCAGCAUGUCUUGUGGCGCAUCAUCUCCUUCCCAGGCCAAAUGUGGCCCUCAACAGUACUGUAGCCUUUCUUAUAAUGAAUGUACAAAAGACUGAUUUAUCAGACUGUGAUUUUUUUUUUUUUUUUUUUUUCCUAAAGCAUACAUAUUCAUGCACAUACUGUACACUCUCAAAAGGUCAAAGGUUUUCCCCUUUGCUCCAUGUUAAACAGCAUCAUUCUGUACACACCAAUCGUGUUAUUUUCAGUGGAAUAACAAAAGCCUGUUUUUAUUCUCCAGAAUAAUCAUUAUCUGAAGGAUGUUGUGGUGAAUAAUGAAUUGCUAUGUGUAAUGUUUUUUGGAAGGUAGGGGGCCUGACUAAGUAAACCAUUGAUUCCUA